UGGGGUCAGGCAGGGCGGGCCUGGGGAGGGCAGUCGGGCUCUGGCAGGAGCCCAGGUUCUCAGGCACGUCUGUGAGGAAGGGGCAGGUCCAUGGUCACACCAGGAAGUCAGCCCAUGGUUGUCAGGAUCAGGCCGGCCAAGGAGCUCUGGGCCAUUAACAAGAUCCCUGGCACCUACUCGGAGCAAGUGGCUCUCUCCAGGGACAUACCUUGUGAGCACUCUAUUUUGGGCAUGUUUUCAGAGGUGAAGUUCCCUGUGCCCUGGGGCCAUGUGGCAGCCAAGGCCUGGGGAUCUGCAGAGGGACACCCUGUGCUGUGCUUGCAUGGCUGGCUGGACAAUGCCAACACCUUUGACAAGCUCAUUCCACUGCUCCCCAGAGAUUGCUAUUAUGUGGCAAUGGACUUUUCUGGCCACGGCUUGUCAUCCCACCGACCUGCAGGCUGUCCCUACCAUUUUCUGGAUUACGUGAGUGAUGUGCGCCGGGUGGCAGCAGCCUUGCAGUGGAGACGGUUCACCCUGAUGGGUCACAGUAUGGGUGGAGCUGUGGCAGGAAUGUUCUGUUUCCUUUAUCCUGAGAUGGUGGACAAGCUGAUCCUGCUGGAAAACCUUGGCUUUCUGCUAGCACCAGAGGACACUGAGGCGUGGCUAGAAUCAAAGCGAUUGGUGAUUGACAGAUUACUGAGUCUAGAGGCAAAGCAGCAAACUCCCAGAGCACGGAGCCCUGAAGCAGCAUUGCAGAGGCUCUUAGAAGCGAACAGACAUCUGACAGCAGAGGGUGGGGCAAUCCUACUGCAGCGAGGAGCAACUGAGACACCCGCUGGGCUGGUUUUUAACAGAGACAUGAGAGUCCGUACGCAGAGUCGAGAGUCCUUCACAGUGGAGCAGUGUGUAAAGCUCCUGCAGAAGAUCCAGGACCGUGUGCUCAUCAUUGUAGCACAAGAUGGACUCUUGGUACCGUACAAGCUGGACACCAGAAAUCACUUUGUGAAAGACCUACGGAAGGCAUUUGAGUCUACCCUGAAAGAGCACAUUCAGCUAAUAGAGGUACCUGGGAGUCAUUUUGUGCACCUGAACAAGCCUGAGGUGGUGUCUGGGAUCAUCAGCAACUUCCUGACAGCGCAGAACACCAGAGCCAGGCUCUAGGAAGCCCUCACUGCUGCAGCAGGCAAGGAGAACGUGGAGCUAAAAAGCAGGCUCUGGAGGAAUUGUCACCAUUCUUACCUCACAUCCAGCAUCAGUUUCAUGAUACUCUUUCCUAACCUUGGCUCACUGCAGAGUGGAAGCAGGUCUGCCAGGGGCUCCCUGAAGGAAAGCUGAGCAAAGUACCUCAGUUUAUCAAAGGCAAAAUGAAUCCUUCCAGCUCUGAAAGUACAGGAACAGAGGCUCAGAGUGGCCUUUCCCUUGCUUCCUCCCAGCUUGCACCCUGAAAUAAAACAAGAAUACAGGCAGAGGCAUCUUCUGUAGGAGCAGCAGCACCAGCUGUAGCUCAGCAGGAGAUGGGUGCCUCAUCUUACUUCCUCCCUUAGGAUGGUACAACCAGUCUUAUCCUAGAAUUAGAGCUACUGGGAAAACAGGAAAGUAUUCUGCUUUUCUGCUUACUUCUGUGGAUGCCUUAGCUCAAAGGACCUUCAUGUCUCCCUUUUACUGUGAGACUUGUCAAUUUUAAAAAACAGCUUAAAUAAGAGCUCACCUGAGCACAGAAGGCCAUUUUAAUGAACUCCUAGGGAAUGAGUCACUAAUCCUUUAUCUGAAGCAGCAGGGAGAAUUACCAAUAAUGGAAAAGUUGGCAGAGAUUAUUUCUGUCCUUCUAAAUAAAGAUUAAUUUCCUAAUGUUAA